AAGCAAUCUCGAGAGUUCUUUUGAAAACCCCAAAGUCUUUACCGCCGUUUACUGCAGACGAAAUAACACUCAUAAAGGAACUGGUUGAGAUACUUAAUCCAUUUCAGGAUGCAACCGUAUCCGUUUCUGCAGACACAAAAGUGACUAUAUCACUGAUCAUUCCAACAUGCUGUGAGCUGCGCAAACAAAUAUUUGAAAUGAACUCUUUCAUAUCUCCAGAGGCUAAACUAGUCGUCGACUACCUAAGGGUCCGAAUGGCAGAGAGAUUUUCACAGUACGAGGAGCGUACCGCGACAAGGCUUGCAACCAUUUUGGACCCACGGUUCAAAAAGGAUGGAUUCCUGCAGCCAUCAAAUGCUGAGCAGGCUAAAAAAGCCUUAGAGUUAGAAGUCUCCACAUUUUUGUCAAAAACAACACCACGUCCACAGCCAACACCACCACAACCCAAACGCUUUUCCUUCAUGAGUCAAAAGCUGGAGGAUAAAGUAAAAUCAAAUAAAGCUGACGCCAUAAUUCUUUUGCGCCAAUAUUUUGAAACGGCGCAUGAAGCUGAAGAAGUCAAUCCACUUGACUAUUGGAAGGAGCAUACAAAGGAUACGACAGCUUUAGCAAUAUUAUCAAAGAAGUAUUUUUGCGUACCAGCGUCUUCCUGCGCUUCUGAACGAGCGUUCAGCAAAGCUGGACAAAUUGUAUCGGACAGGAGAUGCGCUUUAAAAUCGAAUAUAGUAGAUAAGCUACUUUUUCUCAACAAAAAUCAAAAACAAUGAUCUCUUAAUAAAUUUGUUAAGUUUUAA